CGCCUGCGCAUUCCUUCUUCCACGUAGCUGCGCCAUAAUCUCUGGCUGCGCGUUAAGCCAAAACAUAGCAGAAAUAUUUGCUGUAAAGCUGCGUUCUUGCUGAAUAUUUUGAACAUGGCCAGAUAUUUGAGACCUCCAAAUACAUCGCUUUUCAUCAGGAACAUUUCCGAUGAAUCCAGGCCUGAGGAUUUGCGGCGUGAGUUUGGUCGCUAUGGGCCUGUAGUAGAUGUCUACAUUCCACUUGACUUCUAUUCACGCCGACCGAGAGGAUUUGCAUAUAUUCAGUUUGAAGAUGUGCGGGACGCUGAAGAUGCUCUGCACAACCUGGACAGGAAGUGGGUGUGUGGCCGACAGAUUGAAAUCCAGUUCGCGCAGGGAGAUCGAAAGACACCCAAUCAGAUGCAAGGGAAAGAGGGGGGAUCUUCGCGCAGCUCUUCGCGGCAUGAUGAUCGUGAUUAUGAUCGGGACAGCCGUCGUAGGCGCUCUCGCAGCCGUAGCUACCAAAGACGCAGGUCGCGCAGCCCAUCCUACGAGCGCCGGCCCAGACGCUCUGAGAGUCCCCGAGACUCCCGUGGAAGGAUGUACGGUGGUAGAGGAAGAAGCAGGAGCCCGGAAAACGACAGGCACAGACCACCCCCACGUGACCACAGACGACCCCCUCCUGGGCACUCCCCUCACAGCCAGUCCCGCUCCCCUUCUCACUCCAGAGCCAGGCCCAGGGCCCAGAGGGAGUCCAGAGGAAAGUCUCGUUCCCACUCGAAGUCCCUGAGCCCACAAGAUGGCGACUUCCACCAAGCCCCCGGUGGCUAUGAGCCUCGGGACGAGGCGUCGUCCCGUAUGCGUUCCCUGUCCCGCUCACGUUCCCGUUCCCUCUCACGGUCCCGCUCUCGCUCCAGGUCCUGGACUGGACGCAAGUCAGGGGGACACUAAACAUGUUUGUUGGAUCUUUUUGACAGUAGUUGUGUCUUGCUGGAUAAUUGAAUGUUCAUGGAACAGUUGUUGGUUUGUUUGUUUGCAAAAAUGAUAUUCCUUAGUUUUUUUCUUUUUUUUCUUUGAGGAAAGACAAACAUGGUAACCUUCUGUUUUUAAAUCCAUCAAUCCCAGAAAUGUCCCGCUGUUUACACCCUCUGUUUCUAGUCCUUAUAUCUUUAUGUAAAAGGGUUGUCUUUCAUAAGACCCAGGGCUAUAAGUACUGUACAAGCUAAGAUCAAGGCCAGGAUUGCAUCCCAUCAUUGGUAGGUUUGUGUAAUAACAUACAUUACAUUUUAAAGGUAAUUUCCGAUUGAGCCAACAUAUGCAGUGUUUACCAUGAAUGCAGUCUCGGCAAACGAGGGAAUGUUGCUUUUUAAAGUUGCAUAGCCGAAAAGGGCUGAUCAGAUUGAAUCCUGGCCCUUGUCACUAAAAUCAUUACCUUGACUAUCUAGUCGGGUACAUUGGACACCGUUCCACACAGUUGGGAUGAUUUGUAGUAUAAGUUACCUGGCCUGUAUAAGAGCCACUAGCCACUGGUGGCACAGUUCAUUUUCUAGUGCUGUCUUUUUGUGUGAGGAUUUGUUCAGCGAUACAGGCUCAUGUUACAGUCCUGUUUGAUUUAAUACUUUCUGAUAGCCCUAAUUGUCAUGCCUUCCAGGAAUUCUAGACUCAUUUCAGUAGUGUCAUCCUGUCAACUGAAGGUUUCUAAGUUUGCUUUAGUUGCUAUGGUUUUGACAUAGCCUGUUGUAUUUUGUAUUGUUUUCUGACAUAAAAAAUAUGACCUUGAUCCUUCUCUCUGUGUUAGUGCUUCAUACUCAACGGUUCCUAUGGUGGCUUGUAUUAUUCUAUAAUCUUUGUUUCCUUCGACAGCAACUCAAGAAGUGUAGUCUUCCUUCUAAAUAUCAGUUAUACUCCACUGUAUAUGCAACUGUAUCUUGAGUAAUAAAUGUGUAAAAAUGAA